AUGGCCAACACUCCUCUUCAAGCGGUCUACACCGCUCCAGACGCCACCAAGUCUUUCCAGCAUGCAACCCCAAUGACCUCCGUGACUGCAUCAGACCCCCUCGCCGCCAAGCUCACCCACCUGAGAGCCCUCCAAUCCCUGGUCCCAAAGCUACAGGACGAGGUUAACGUCUACUUGACCGCACGAAUGGAAGAAGAUAAGAAAGCUCAAGGGCAAGGCUCAGAGAAGGAAGCUAAGGAGGAGGAAAAUUACGGCGAGGAAGUUGUCGAAGACGAUGCGUGA